AUGAGAGUAGAGAGAAGGGUGAUGAGAGUAGGGAGAACGGACGAUGAGAGUAGGGAGAAGGGUGAUGAGAGUAGGGAGAAGGGUGAUGAGAGUAGGGAGAAGGGUGAUGAGAGUAGGGAGAAGGGUGAUGAGAGUAGGGAGAAGGGUGAUGAGAGUAGGGAGAAGGGUGAUGAGCGUAGGGAGAAGGGUGAUGAGAGUAGGGAGAAGGGUGAUGAGAGUAGGGAGAAGAGUGAUGAGAGUAGGGAGAAGGGUGAUGAGAGUAGGGAGAAGGGUGAGGAGAGUAGGGAGAAGGGUGGUGAGAGUAGGGAGAAGGGAGAUGAGUGUAGGGAGAAGGGUGAUGAGAGAAGGGAGAAGGGUGAUGAGAGUAGGGAGAUGGGUGAUGAGAGUAGGGAGAAGGGUGAUGAGAGAAGGGAGAAGGGUGAUGAGAGUAGGGAGAUGGGUGAUGAGAGUAGGGAGAAGGGUGAUGAGAGAAGGGAGAAGGGUGAUGAGAGUAGACAGAAGUGUGAUGAGAGUAGGGAGAAGGGUGAUGAGAGUAGGGAGAAGGGUGAUGAGAGUAGGGAGAAGGUUGAUGAGAGUAGGGAGAAGGGUGAUGAGAGUAGGGAGAAGGGUGAUGAGAGUAGAGUAGGGAGAAGGGUGAUGAGAGUAGGGAGAAGGGUGAUGAGAGUAGAGAGAAGGGUGAUGAGAGUAGGGAGAAGGGACGAUGAGAGUAGGGAGAAGGGUGAUGAGAGUAGGGAGAAGGGUGAUGAGAGUAGGGAGAAGGGUGAUGAGAGUAGGGAGAAGGGUGAUGAGAGUAGGGAGAAGGGUGAUGAGCGUAGGGAGAAGGGUGAUGAGAGUAGGGAGAAGGGUGAUGAGAGUAGGGAGAAGAGUGAUGAGAGUAGGGAGAAGGGUGAUGAGAGUAGGGAGAAGGGUGAGGAGAGUAGGGAGAAGGGUGGUGAGAGUAGGGAGAAGGGUGAUGAGUGUAGGGAGAAGGGUGAUGAGAGAAGGAAGAAGGGUGUUGAGAGUAGGGAGAUGGGUGAUGAGAGUAGGGAGAAGGGUGAUGAGAGUAGGGAGAAGGGUGAUGAGAGUAGACAGAAGGGUGAUGAGAGUAGGGAGAAGGGUGAUGAGAGUAGGGAGAAGGGUGAUGAGAGUAUAGAAUAG